AUAGAUAGAUAGAUAGAUUUACAUUUAUUUACAUUCCCUGUGUCCACAAACGUCUAAUAGCGGUAAUUUUUCCAAGCUGCAAAUCUUCAUUAGGUCCGUGAUGAAAUUUUUUUCCCCUCCUAAAUUAUCCCAUUACGUUUGAUAUAAACGUCCCACUGUGCGACCUCUGAUUGGUUGGCUGACGGGCCACGUGACCCGUGCGGCCGUCUGUCUAUUUGACAGCCGCAGGAUGGCUCGAUGCCAGAGGGGGAAAAGAGACAGAGAGAGGAGAUAGAAAGAAAAAUUAGUAUUCUCCUGUUAUCCUCGCUAUAAAUCAAUCAUGGAGUCCUUCGUGGUGAGCUGUAAAUACGCCGAGCCGCAGUUCCCGCCUUGUGAAGAGGAUUACAGUAAUUUUAGUGACCAAGGGGGGUAUUACAACAACCCUCAGGACAAUGGCAGUUACGCAGGGGGUUAUCAGCCUAUGCAACCUCAUCCGCCUGCGUACGCAUCACAACAAACCAGCUACCAACAAUCUGUGCAGGGCCAUCACCGGGACGAUGCAGAGGAGCGGCCACAGCAGCAGCAGCAGCACACUGCGACCUACCCGCUGUACAGAGAGCCAGACACGUCCGAGAAGGAGAGGUUCCCCGCGGGAGAGCUGCAGUGCCACCAGGCCUGGAUGACCUGCGCCAAGCCGGCUCAGGUGCAGAGGAAAGCGGCUGGCCUGGGGAAGGACAAGCCGCCCAUUGUCGUCUACCCCUGGAUGAAGAAAGUACACGUCGCGCAUGUCAAUCCCAAUCACGUUGGGCCGGAACCGAAGCGGCUGCGCACAGCGUACACACGCCAGCAAGUCCUCGAGCUCGAGAAGGAGUUCCACUUCAGUAGGUAUCUCACGCGCCGCCGCCGGGUUGAGGUAGCCCAUGCUCUCUGUCUGUCCGAGCGGCAGGUGAAAGUGUGGUUUCAGAACCGGCGCAUGCGCUGGAAGAAAGACAACAAGCUUCCCAACACCAAAGGAAGGAGCAAAAGCAAAAAAGCGACGGACAGCAACAAUAACAGCAGCGACUGCAGCGUGAAGGCGGCGAUAACCGUCUGACAUGAGCCGAAAUGAUCCAAGCUGUUCAGUCCUGAAAUAUUUGAACUGCUUUAAAGCGUUGUGAUGUUAUUUUAUUAUUAUUGUUUGUAUUCUGAAGGAUGUUGUAUCAAGGUCCGGCCUCAUAUAUGAGUAAUCGAUGAAUGUAUUAUGGUGACCUUAACUGUCUGUCGCUCCUUUGAUACAAACACGAAUUAUCCCCCACCUUAAUACCCGAUCGGCACUAUAAGCACGGUGCCACAAAUGUUAAUGUUGGUUCUUUUGGAGAAACAGGGUUUUUAUUUUUACAGGGUAAAUAAGUAUAUAAUACAGGGUUUUUAAUAGCUACCUAUAAAGUUAAAAUAAUUUAUGAGUGUGCACGCUACCAAAAUGGUCCGCGAGCCGGCGCUUAAAAACAAGACCAAAUUGUUCAAUGGCUGACCAGUAGAAUAGUUGCAUAAAUAUUGUUUUAGCAUUUUUGUAGGACAGUAGCCAUAUUAGUAUUAUUUUGUUUUCAAUUUGAAUUGAAAAAAAAGAACAUAAAAUGGAUCAGGCAUUUAUAGGCACGACUUUAUUUGUUCGAGCAGCUAAAUUGUGUAAAUUCAGCUGAUUCUCUCAGGGUUACAUGGUUUCACAAACUUCCUGAAAUGUUUUAUUCAUUCAAAUUAAAUUAAUUUUCCCCUUCAAGAAAAAAACACUUCUUUUUCAUUCCACUUCAAUGUGCUAUUUAAGCCCAUGUAAGCCAGUACUUAUUUUAAUUAUUAUUUAGAAACGCAUUUUAUUCUUUAAGCCAAUUUUUGUUCUUAUUUCCUUUUAUGUACGUCCUUUAAAAAAAAACAUAAAACAAAAACGAAAAGUCCUCUUCUGGACAUUUUAUACGUGAAAAUGUUUUGAUAAUAACAAAUGACAAAAAUAAA